AUGGGUUUAAAUUAUUACAGUGAUUAUGGCAGUGGAAGUUCUUCCGAGACGUUCUCACCAUGGGGCAGCCAGGAGACGUGGCAACCACUUCAGAACCACAUUCAGGAGACGGAAAAGAUGAAUAGGGAGAAAUCUGCUAGCUUUUCAGAUGUGACCCCCAAGCGCUCAAUAGACGCAGUGCUCCAGGAGUUCCGGAUGAACGGUUCCGACUCUCCCUACGAUCCGGACGAGGACGCUUUGAACAAACGAACUGGUGAGUCAGAAUUAUCUUCAUCAAUCCAACUCAUUAUGAUGAUGUGCUUCUCGCCGAUUUUGACCACGGCAUCUCUAAUGGGACUAGGUCCGGCAAGUGUUUACCUGCGUCAAAAGUCGUGGCCGGCACCGGAGCGGUCACCGGUAAUAAAUUUACCACAACCACUGCCCAGUCCAGCGCCAUCUAGUCAUACAGUGUCGUCCAAGUCGUCUCCUACACUCCACGUCGAGCAAACGGAAAUGCUUACAGCUGAACAGCUCCAAGUCCUAAGCUCUUUGCCCCGUGCUGUUUUAAAGUUUUUAUUAAGAGAACUACAGAUGCAUCGGGAGCGAGGCAUUUUGACACAGGAUGAGAUUGCAGAUACACGCGGGUGCGCGUUCUGCCGCAGCAACGGCGAGCGCGCCGCCUGGUACCGCGGGCACGCGCUGCGCGUCGCCGGCCGCGUGCGCUGCCCCGUGCUGCGCGCGCUCACCUGCCGCCGCUGCGGCGCGCGCGGCGACGCGGCGCACACGCUCAAGUACUGCCCGCUCGCCACGCCCGACGAGCGGGAAAAAUCGGCCGCCAUGAUGCGAAGCAUCCGCUCUGCUUCUGGUCGUCGCCGCGCGCAGCAAUUAACGCCAUCUAACAGUGCUUCAGAGUAUUAUGUAAGGUUUGGGGAGACAACGCCAUCUGUUAUUCAAGACGGGAAUAUAUACAACAAAUACGAGCAUGCUCCUCUUGAUCCGAUUUGGGCUGCAUUGGAGAAAAAAUUAAUGCUUUAG